CACCAGAUGAUCAUGAUUGUUUAUUGAUGAUGAUUAAAAAAACUUUUCAAAAUGAUUACUAUCCAAAUGAAAAACUAUUAAUGAUACCUGGACCAACAAAUUUAAAUCAAAAAGUUUUAAAAUCAUUAUCAUUACCAUUAUUAUCACAUACUGAUCCACAAUUUUAUCAGCUUUUAGAUCAUAUUCAAAAUGGAAUACGUUACCUAUUUCAGACGAAAAAUUCAUAUACAUUUGCUAUAACUGGAUCAGCAACAAUUGCAAUGGAAACAGCCAUUUGUAAUCUGUUGAAACCAGGACAAACAUUAUUGUCAUUGGUACAUGGAUAUUGGGGCAAUAGAGUAGCAUCAAUGGGCCAACGUAUGGGUUUCAAUACACACGUUAUACGAAAUGAAAAAUUUGGCCAAAAUUUUACUUUGAUACAAAUCGAGAAUGCAUUACGUAGAUAUCGACCAAAUUUAAUGUAUGUUUGUCAUGGUGAUUCAAGUCUUGGUUGUGUACAAAAUUUGCACGGUAUUGGACAGCUUUGUCAUCGUUAUGAUUGUUUAUUGAUUGUCGAUGCCGUUGUAUCAUUAUGUACAACACCAUUGGCAAUGGAUCAACUGGAAAUUGAUGUCGUAUUCUCGGGUUGUCAAAAAGCAUUAUCCGGUCCACCAGGCAUUGCAUUGAUAAGUUUUAGUGAUAAAGCUACGGAAGUAAUCAAAUCUCGUUCGAAAACAUAUCCUGUAUCUUCAUUCUAUAUGGACAUUAAUUUGGUAGCUAAAGCAUGGGGUUUAGAUAACAACGAUGUACAUACCUAUCAUUAUACACCAGCCAUUAAUCUACUAUAUGGAUUACGAGCAUCCAUACGAGAAAUAAUCAAUGAAGAUCUGGCCAAUGUGAUUGCACGUCAUCAGAAAGCGAAACAUUAUCUGGAAAAACGUAUCCAGAAUGUUGGAUUGAAACUUCUCGUACAAGAAUCGGAUAAUCGAUUAGCUGGCAUUACAUCUGUAUUGAUACCAGAUGAUAUUGAUGGAAAUCGGGUGAUACAAUUUAUGUACAAAAAACAUGAUAUUCUUAUUGGAGGAUCAUUGUUGGCUACCGAUCCGAAAGUGCCGAAAUUUUGGCGUAUCGGUUAUUUAGGUGUUAAUGCUGAUUUGGAAAAAAUUGAUCGAACAAUUGAAAGCCUACAAGAAGCUAUACAAAAACAACGUAACAAAUUCAAAGCACAUCUUUGA